AUGCUCAGAUUAUUUCUUUUAUCUCUGUUAUUAACUCAAGGGUCAUGUCUUAUCACACCUGUAGGAGAUUGUCCUCCCAACCUUCGACCAACUAUGGUCAGAUUAACAGGAGCCAUUGCUUCAAAACCUCAAUUCGUUGCUAAAAUUGACCUGGCAACGUGUUCUCUUCAUUGUCGCAGAAACACUCAUCCUCUCACAGAUGCACCGUUUGCAUGUAGAGGAUUUAAUUUUUUAACUGGGAGAAAUCCUACGUGUGAAUUUUUCACAUUGGAUCAGUUGAUUUCAUCUGAAGAUGUUGAGAUAAAGGAAGGGUCCUAUUUCUUUGAGAAAGCUUGCUUAAGAAUACCGCCGAGAUGUGAAGGGUCAGCGUUUGCCUUAGACGGCAGACGUGGUGUCAGACUGAAAACGAAUCGUGAAACAAGAUUAGCUUACUCGGAAGAAGAAUGUAUAUAUGCUUGUUUUUUUGAAGACUGUAAAGCUUUUGAGUGGAAUAAUCUCAGGCGUACCUGUGCUGUAUAUCACGAAACAAGAAGAGAUGUGGAUGUGGAACGUGUCCAAGCAGUAACAUAUUAUGAGAAUAACUGUAUUGAUCCUUCUUCGCGAUGUCCUUUAGGGCGAGUUGAGUUUUUAUUAGUUCGGCGAUCGGAUGUUCAAUCAUUCGGUGUCUCUAUCGGCAUAAGAAGUAUUAGGAAUUGUAUGAGAGAAUGUGUGGAAACAACUCUUUUCCAUUGUAGAUCGUUCCAGUUUUCGCCAUCAAGUAGCGAAUGUUUCGUGUCUGAUGAAUCUUCUGAAGUUGCUGUACCAUCAGCUAAUCUGGACCUUUAUGAGCCUUUCUGCGUCCCUCAUGAUAUAGAUUCAAACAGCUGUAAUAGGCCUUAUUCAUUUGAAAAGCUGAUAACUUCCAAGAUGACGCAAGCAACAGAAGUGGAGCGAUUCCACAAACUUGGAAUUGAACAAUGCCUUAAUAAGUGCCUUUCUAUAAAACGUUGUCGUUCAGUCAAUUAUGAUGUCACUACGAGAACAUGUAUUCUCCUGGAUAAAACACGAUCAGAAGCCAGUGUGGCUCCGGAUGAAAACUUUGAUUUCUAUGAGUUAGCUUGUGAACCGGUUUCUUUAACAGUUUCUCCUCUGAACGAUGACAAGUUCCAAAUAUUCGUUGUAGGAAGGUCUUUCAAAUCUGAGUCGAACAAUGAACCUCAUCUGAAUGUGAAAAGCGCCGAACAUUGCUGGCAAUUAUGUCGUCAAUCUAGUACUGCCUGUAAUUUUUUCGCGUUUUCCUCAACUUUGUACGAAUGUCAACUAACGAGUAUUGAUAUAACUGUGGGAGACGAAGAUGCUUUUACGAUUCCUCAAUCUGAGUUUUCAAUAUACAUUGUAUCCAGUGUUUCAACUGUUUCUAGUCCUGGAGAGGAGCUCAUUCCGAUGGUAUCUAGUACGACUAUUCCACCAUCAUUUUAUCCUACACUAGUUCCUGAAAUUUCCACAACCUCUUCGCCUUUAGUUAUUUCUAAACACGACAACUCUGUGGAAGAUCCUAUUUUUCUUUUUGCCAGCUCUGAGUUUACUGCUCCUACAGAAGAUUUUCCAUUUGGAACAUCAGCACUCAACCUUGCUCACACAACAUCUGUUCCUGUAAUUCAUGAAACGACUGUAAUUUCUACUACUACAACUUCUACAAGCACAUCUACCUCUCCUGUGUCCACUCAAGGACCUAGUAAAUUAGAGUUCUUACAUCCUGUACAGAGUUUGGCUGCAAGCUUCGGUAAGCGGAGAGAUUCCAAACAAGAAGUUUUACACGAACCAAUCGUCACGGUGAGCUCAUCUUUUGAAGAAGAAGACGUGGGUAAGGAGCCUGUACUCUUGCCCGAGUCUCGUGGAAUAGGAUAUGCACGACCUGAUAGCAUCAAAGUACAUGCAAGUUGUUACAGUCAUGGGAUGAAUGUCACGUUCAGAGUUAAUGACACGAAAAAAUAUACAGGAGCUGUAUAUGCUGUCGAGCGCUUCGAGCAGUGCAGAGUUAUCAUAAAGGAAAAAACAGAGUUCGCUCUAUUCAUCCCCAGACCCAAACAUAAUACCUGCUGUAAUGCAAUUGAAUCAAACGGUUCUAUGUCUGUGAUGAUUGUGAUGUCAAAUGAUCGUGUGAUUCCUUAUGAUGUAACGACAGUCAAUGAUCUAUUUUACCAUGCAUCAUGUUCCUUCGAUAGCUCUUCUCCUACCAUCUUACAACAAGGCUUGGUUGUUGGUGGACCAUCCCCUGUUGCAUUACCUCAGAACACUUCUGGACGAAAAAUUUCUCUCAAAAUAACUAAAAAAGGAAAACCUGUUGACAGCGUUUUCAUUGGAGAAACAUUGGUUGCUCAUGUAGAGAGUGAUUUUCCGGCUCAGGAUUUGAGAAUAGUAGAUUGCUCAGCAAAUAGAGUUGGUGGAACAGGCACCCCAUCAUCCAUUCAUCUGAUAGCUGAUGGCUGCGCUUUGUUACCCAGUUUGAUGUCAGCGAUGUUCUUAGGCCCUCAUGGUUGGCAGGCAACACUAUCAGCUUUUAGAAUUGAUGGAAGUGAACACAUUGAUAUUGUGUGUAUGGUUGCGAUUUGUGAGGAAAACUCAAAGUGUUCAUCUGAGAAAGCUUCAUGUCCACCUCCACCCGAUAGGAUUGUUAGGUCACUUGAUGAUUCUGGAGAAAUACGAGUAGAUUCGCGUCUUCGUGUUAGGGGUGAUAAUAAUACAGGUCCACGAUUACCACAAGUCUGUUUACAACCAGCCUUAUACAUAUCCAUCUUAAUACUGUUAACAAUAUCUAUGUUAGCGAUGUGUAUUUCAAUCGGAAGUGGAUUUUUAAGACAUCGAAGGAGAGUAGCAGGAAGAUCAAUAUUACAACACACUUUAGCCGAUGACAGUCGUUAUAUAAAGACCAUGGCCCUAUAA